UUUCAGCCAGCAGACCCAGUACGCCCAGUGUCGCCAGUUCGUCCAGUGAGUCCUGUUGGUGAUCACCGUCACUCACAUCUUCUAAAGCCGAUACAACCACUGACCAUUCCACGGAUUGACAUCCGCUCAGCAACCCCCUCUCAGCAUUCCGCACGACGUAGUCAAGGACCGACUACACCACGUUCCCACUAUGCACCGUCGCCGUCUCACAGCGCAAACAUUUCACCGAGAAGCGUCAGCUUCUCACCAAUGAGCAAUUCUAGCGGAAGUUCCAACAAAAGUAACCCGAUGAAGAAGAUAAUCAAGAAAUCGCGUUGGGUUUCUGUACACGAUGGUCGCCCUGUCAGCCCAUAUACCGAGGCCGUCACCUAUGAGCCUGCAUUCCCGGAUAGGUACAGCAGGCAAGUUCUAAAUCACAACUGA